AUGCGCAAAAGCCCACUCCUAAAGGAAAACCUCCGAUUGAACAAUAACCAAAGACCUACAUAUUUAAGCAAAAGCAAAAAAAAGACUGUCUCCUUGGAAAAGAAUUCGAAUUCCAACAGAUCACUUCUAAAUGAAAUUUAAAACCAAACUCCCAAUUAACCGAAGAAAAUCACAUCCACAUAACCAUCUGAUAAAAAAUUGCAUAAUUGUACUUAGAUUUAUACUAAUAGACAAGGCUAAAUUUUGAAAUCACUUAUGAAAAUAUAAAAUAGAACAAAUCCAAUAUUAACUCAAUAGAAUUGCUAUGCCGGCAUCAAACUGAACUUUAAUAAUUACCUAUCGAAUGAAGAAAAGAGAAUGAACACAAAUCAAUGCAAUUCGUUAAAUCAAACAGCUCAACCCUCCCCCAAAGCCAAAACGAUCUCAUUAUCAACUUACACAAGUACUUUGAGUCCGGAAGUGAGAGACAAAGAGAUGAGAUAAGAGAAAAUUACUUCGUUCAAAUAGUUAAUCUAGGAGACCAAAGAAUGCUUGGAAAAUAUGAAAAUAUCAGACCUAAAGUAAUCUAUAGAUAAGAUAUUUGAUAAUACAAUUUAACCAUUGCUUCAAUUAAAAGUACUGGAUAUUUUAUUAAAUUAGAAUGAAAUGAUUAAAUAAAUCGAGAAAUGCUUAAAUGCUGAACAAUAUUAGAUUCGAUCAACUAUAGAUUCAUUAAAGAAAAUGGAAGAUGACAUAUUGUCUAAUGAGUUUAAUAUCAUUGAAUACAUGACAAUGGGACCAUUCAAUGAAAUAAUGCAGAUUUAUUAGAAGAGAUUUUAAGAACAUUCCAUUUUCACUUAAUAAUUAACUUAACAAGAAUUGGUUAUACAUUAGUUUUAGAAGUUGCAUGAUAAUUUUACAUAGCAAAACUAAUUGUUAUGUAAGUAAUUAUCAUAAUCUUUUCAAACAUAUUUAUCUUUGUUUAUUUCAUUUUAGAAUAAGGAAGACUUUUAUGAGUUGAAGGACAACAACACUACUCACCAAUACACUUAAAACAAUAAUUAAUAUACUCAAGAAACCUUAUUUUAAACUUGUGAAACUAACAAUUCAAUUGAUGAAGAUUAGGUUAUUAUGAAGGAUUAAUAAGUAGUAAGAAUUCCUGAUAAAACAUCCUAAUUUACUUAAUUGCUCAUGUUGAAUAAUUAAAAAAAGAUGAUUUUAUCUGAAUCGCCACAAUUCAAAAAUUGA